ACGUUGCGGAGCGACCCAGAGUCCUUUUCGCUGGACGCCACAUAAUAAGUAGGAAGUGUUGAGUUCGGGCAUGUAGUAAGAGCGAAGUAUUCCAGUUCUUCUGUUAUAUUUGCCCGCAAACAUGAACAUUUUCUUAUUGAGUAUCCUUCUUCUCCCAGCUUUAAUUCUUACUACUGAUAAUGGGAGUUUACUUGCUUGGGCAGAAGACGACGAUGUGGAUGAUGAGAUAGUUGAUGUAGAAGGGGAAGGUGAUGAAAGCUCAGUAAUUGAGGAAGGCGGGGAAGAAGAUGAAGAACAGCCUAGAGCCUCACCACAUGCAGAUACAACAAUUCUGUUUACCAGACCUGUUGUUUCUGGCACAUCAGGAAACCUAGAAUUGCCAGGUGGAAACCUUGUUGAGUUCCUUGUUGGAUUCACAAACAAGGGAAGUGAAGACUUUGUAUUGGAAGCCUUGGAGGCAUCCUUUCGUUACCCCAUGGACUUCAGCUUUUACAUCCAGAACUUCUCAACCAUAGCUUAUAACCGCGUUGUGAAGCCAACCCACGAGGCAACCCUUGUAUAUUCAUUUAUUCCUGCAGAAACAUUUGCUGGACGGCCAUUUGGAUUGAACAUUAACCUUAACUACAGGGACUUGGCUGGAAAUGUGUUCCAAGAAGCUGUGUACAAUGAAACUGUGCAGAUAGUGGAACUGGAGGAGGGGCUGGAUGGAGAGACAUUUUUCCUUUAUGUGUUCAUGGCAGCUUGUGUUGUUCUGAUGCUGGUGGGUGGCCAGCAGUUUUUAUAUUCUGUUGGACGCAAGAGAGUUGGUAAGAAGCCUGUGGUUGAGACAGGUACUACCAAUCCUAAUGACGUGGACUAUGACUGGUUGCCCAAGGAGACACUGAAUCACUUCACCAAAAAAGAAAAAUCACCACGAGUGCCAAGGCAGAGCCCGCGACAGAGAAAGGCAAAACGAUCAGCAGGAUUUGAUGACUGAGUUGUGACUCUUCAUUAUGAUAAUGAACUUGCAUGAUUUGUUGCAUUGCAGUUCUUACCAUUGGUGUGUCCAUUCUCUCUAGAGUGCAGCACAGUCCAGUUUCAUGAUCAACGUCCUUGUGACUAUACUAUAAGAUACUCAUUUGCAUAGAACUCAAGUUGUGUAAAACAGUUAUGUGAAUGACUUGUACAGAUCUUUCAGUCACUACAGCUGGUUGAUAUGCAAGAAUAUUUUAGUGUUGUGAAUUUUAAUAUAUUGUAAUGUGAAAAGGGAUGUUGAUUUUUUUAAAGAUGGUGUAUACAUUCCAGGAAUAAUUGGGGAUAGGAACAGGGAUUCAAGCUAACAUAGAUAGAAAUGAAAUUUGAAAAUUAAUUUUGUUCUGUAUAUAAAGCCAGGUUGGUAUUAAAUACCAGAUUGUUGGUUAAAUUAUUUUAGGAUAAGCUAGAGUAGAGAUUUCUUUGAAAUAAGGUAGUGGAGUGACUUUAAUUUUAUUGUAAGGACUGUUAAAUAAAUUGGAAUGUACAGAUGUUGGUUCAUGA